CUACAGCAUCCACCCGUCGUACGGAGGAAGAAGACUGGCGCACACAAUGCACUGCACCGCUGACAAGGGUUGCGUCUCCUCGAUGUCCACGAUACAUUUACAAUUCCGUGGAAACGCGUGAGAACGAGGCGGCGGGGGACUCGGCGUGUCCCUCCACGCGUUUAUUUAUUUUUUUUUCCUUUUGCACACCGGAUUUGGCCAGGGAAUGGAAUCGCAAGCGGGGAACGCCGGGGACCGGUUGAACUUGUGCUAAACAUUGGAUCUAAAACAGGGGGAAGGCUGCACAGACGAGCUGCCCAGCCCGACGGGGGUUGGUCGACACCCUGGUUUAUGGAAAUCGACACCGAGGCUUUCAUAGGCGGGCCUUGAAUUUUUCUUCCAAGGAAUGGAGAGGGAGCAAAGGCAUUUUUGUGCGUGAAGGACUAAUACGACGUUAUUACACGAGGGAUUGUCACGAGCGGUUUCCCAUCCCCCUAGUUUGCUUAGGAGGGGGAAAAAAGGAUAAACCAUCGCUAGCUAACAGCUGGAUCGCCUAAUGCUAAGCUAGCUGUGGUGCUAACGUUACGUCUUUCUUUUGAUGGGAUACAAAACUCAAACCAUCACUAUCGGCCGUCAAACACUUCGGCAAUUGGGAAAAAAAACCCAAGACAUAACAUCGAACGUGGAAUAAUAUUGGACCACACGGUUACCUACCCGGCUGUUCGUAGCGCGUCGCUACCUGGAAAAUACGUAUUUAUUCAUAGGUUGCUGUCUGAUAUUGUGAUGUAUUGAGUUAGCUUCGUUAGUGGUAUCGGAAUUAGCAAAUGCUAAUUACCUGGAGUCAACAUCAACCAAGUGUUCGUUAAGUACUCGCGUUCAAUGCGUCAUUUGAAGCACAUUUUACCCCUUGGAUUUGAUUCAGUGAGGGUGAUUAGGGCCGUUUUAACACGGUAACACAAUGACAUGAAAACCAGUGUGUUGGCGUUCCACUAUUUGGCUUUUGGGCCUUCCUACCGAGUACAUUUUUUUGUGUGUGCUAGCACUCAAAUAAUUUGUCAGCAAAUUGUUGACGGAAAUGUUAGGUGGCGAUGGCUUAAUUUUAAAGACUAAACCCACGUGAGACUUUUCGUUUGCUUUGUCACCGAAUCAAGCAGCGUUGUCCUUUUUUUUGUUUACAUGGUUGUUCGCUGGUUUUCCAAAGAUCCUUGCUAGCGAGCUAAUGUUAGCCAUUCAGAAGAUGUCCUGAUCGUUGUUUUGCUUCCGUCGUGGCUCGUUGAAAAUAAAUGAAAUGACACUCAAAUUCCGCCGAAAGAAAGGCCCAGAUGCCACUAGACUGUUGUCAAAGGGAGGAAAAUAGUACGAGCCACUGGUUCAAUUAACGACAUUUUAACUGGGGCUCCGAGCGUGGGCCCGGGGGGUGGGGGGCUGGUGUCAUCUCUUUGCGGUUAGGUGCCACCUUCCACCGGACCGGGACUUGAAUUAAGUGCCUUUGGAGUCAGUGGGAUCCGACAAAAGGCUUGGAGGACAUGGAGGGCCCGAGCCGAAGCACUGGAUCCAGGCAGAGCCGCCGCUCCCGUUCCCAGCGCGACAGGGAGCGGCGGCGGCGCAGGGUCAACCUGGCCGAGGAGCGGGCCACCUCCCUUUCGUCGGGCUCGGAUCGGGAGGAUCGCGGGACCAAGAGUGUCCUGGGUCCCGGGGAGAAAGAGGGCCGGCCCGCUUUCGGCCGACACAGACCCCCGCGUCGGAGGAAGAGGGAGUCGGUGUCCUGCGAGGAAGACAUUAUUGAUGGCUUCGCUAUUGCCAGCUUUGUCAGCUUAGAGGCUUUGGAGAUGGACUGCUCCAUGAAGCCUAGCCAGCACAACGACAUGCUGGGAAGGAGGAACAAGGGCAAGAGGGGUCCGGAGGAGAAUGGUAGGGGGCCGCUGUCCGAGCCAGAGGAAGGCGUUCUGCCCAGCUACUCCAGCAGCUGUAGGAAUAAGCAGCGGAAGAUCGAGGGACACCCUUUGGAGACUGGCUACAUUUGUGACACUGAGAGUGAUGCUGGAGACAAGGCCUCGGACCAUGACAUGGAUCCAGUGUUCACAGUCAGCACCAGGAAAGUUGUUGAGCCUCCACCGUCUGCUAUGGGCAAAAGCUGCCCGGGCAUGCCGGCGCGGAGUGGCAUCCCGCGCUUACUGGUGACGCCCAGAGUGUCUGGCCUGGAGCGGAGUCAUGAGAAAAGCCUGGAGUCGCAUUUCCCAGAGGCCGUUAAGUCUUCUACCUCUUCCGCCUCCUUCCCGCGCCUGCCCUCCCGCUCCCCAGCCUCAGCGGCAGGGCCGGUCCCCAGGCCCGGCGCCAUCAACGGUAAUGGCGGCCGCCACCACAACUGCAGCCCCCCGCUGUCCGCACCGAAGCCCUUCCUCACCUUGCCGGGACGGUCCCACUCCAUUCACAACAGGAGCAACACUCCGGUCAAACCUGCGUCUAUUGCGUCGUCUUCAUCUUCCAUGCGCCCCCCAACUCCCUCCACCAGUGUGUCUAUGUCCUACAUCCGGGGAGCAGGGUCCUCUGGGCCCCUCCGACCUCUAUCCCGGGCGAACUCGGGGACUUUGUUCACUUCCUCGCCAGGUCUGCCUCCCCCUCCCCCUCUACUCCAGGGCCCUUCCCACUCAUCAGCAGCAGACCAGGAAAUGCUGCGGCAGAAUUUAAACUCUCACUUCCUGAACGCACAAGAGUGCGAGGGCAGGCGUAGCGCCCCGGGGCCCGAAGGGAGCAACUCCGCCGUGGGCCGCUCCACUCCCGGCGGGGCGUCGGCGUCUAGUUCCACCCCGGGAUCGACUGGCCGGACAUCCCAGAACCAGCCCAACGUGCAGCCCCUGGCCUACCAGUACCAUCAGCACAACCACCAGCACCAACAUACGCACACGCACCAACACUUCACGCCAUUCCUGCAUCCCACUGCCACUGCAGCGCCCCUGUACCCAGGCAAAAUGGAAGGGCUGUAUCGGCAUCCAUUCUUCCCGCAAUACCCGCCGCCGCCCUCAGUGCCCAAUAUCCAGCCUGUGAUUCCUCCCACCGGGCCUUUCAGCUCCCUGCAAGGAGCAUUCCAGCCAAAGCCUCUUGUCCCUCAGGGAACCGGUCCGGAUCUGAGCGCUCGCCUCGGGGUCGUGCCUCACCACCUGCAGCCCAAAGAUCACCGGCUAACUGAUCCAUUCAGGACAUCGUUGAAAAUCAGUAAUAAACCUGGAAAGUGGUGUGCUAUGCACGUAUAUGUGGCCUGGAUGAUCUUGAGCCAUCAGAAGAAAGUAAAGCUUAUGCAGGCUGAUCCUCACAAGUUGGACUUCCGCAGUGACUUGUUGGCCCGUCUUCCGGGAGCCGGUGGACUCGGCCCCAUGGGGCCCAUCGGAGGGGCCCUGCCUCCAAGUCACGACCUGACCAGACCUCCCAGCCUCUUCUCAGCGACAGACUCACGCCAACUUCGUGCAGGUGCAGUCAAUCCGUCCUCGGCACCUUUCAUCGCUCCAUCGGCACCACACUCGUCUUUCCUCGCUCCAGCUGCUCAUUUGGAUCCAUAUGGCCGAUCUCCACCCUUUACCCCGCUGGGAGCCCUCGGUUCUGGUGCCUUUGGAGGACUUGGAAGUCCAACACUUGCGGGCUCCAUGUUCGGUCCUAAGGACUCACCCGCCACUGUAGUGGGAAGCUUGUCCAAUGCUCCCAACCACCACGACCCGUGGAGCCGCCUCCACGGCGCGCCGCCGGGCUUCCCGGCAGGCCCCAGUUGGGCUAAAGGAGGUGACAAACGGGAAGAAAGGGAUCGCGCCAAGGAUGGCGAGCGGAGAGAUGUACCCCACAUCAAAGAUGAAAAGGACAGAGACAACAUGCUGUACGGCCGCCCACCCGUGAGAAUGUCUCCCGUGGCGCCCUCUUUCAAACCGCGCAGUAGCACCCCCACCUCCCACAUCAACGGCCACAGCAGCGCCCUGGGAGGCGGCGGCGGGGCCGUUGAGGACAUGAGUCGGAGUCUGAGCAGGGAUCGAGAACGCGAGCGGGACCGAGACGGGGACAAGAGGCCGCUGCCGGCGAUGUCUUCACGGGGUCUUCCCCUUGGCACGUCCUCUUUAGUAGCAGACAGAGAGAGACCGCGGUCAUCGUCAUCCUCCGUGCUCAACACCCCGCCUCCUGUCGGCCGCUCGGCCCAAUCACCCAUGGACCUUUACCCCCGCCCGCUGGGCCCGGCAGCACACGCCCUUCACAGCGAACACUCCCAAAGAGACAACAGCCUCCCCACGUCUUCGGCGGCUUCCGUCGCCAUCACUUCUUUAUCUCAGGCUAAAAAGUCUGACAGGACCACGACGCCCGUGUCCAAACCCCCGCUGCUCCUGCCGCCGGUUAAAGUAAAGGAGGAGCGCAAGGAGGAGCCAGAGCACAUCCCCAUCUCUCUCCCUCCCCCGCUGCCCAACAACACCUUCGACCGCCCCAACAGCCACCCACACCACCACAGUUCGGGUACGCCUUCGUCCUCUCUCUCACUGACUCCCACUCCGGGGGUCCCCCUCCCUCCUCCCACUCCGAACCCGCCAUCCCACCUUUCCCUGUUGGAUCGGUCCCGGGCCAUUGAGGCCUAUCUGGGUAGCACGGGAGGUUCGGGUUUGGUAGUGGGCCCGGGUGGGGAGCGUUUCACCCAUGGGACCCCGCAGGGACCACCGCAAGGUCCACACAGCUUCACAUGGGAUCCUUGGAGGGAGCUAGCAGCUCAGCACCAUCAGCAACAUCGAAGGGAAGCUAUGGCACUCCGGUCCGACCCACAUCUCGCUCUGCGUUCAGAUCCCCACCUGGCGCGGCUCCUCCAGCACCAGCGCCUCCUGGAGGCGGAGAGGGCGGCUGCCGUCGCAGCUGCGGCAACCGCGCCUCACCACCCGUCGACGUCCACCGCCUCCAACCAGGCGGUCCGCCAGGAGCUCGCCCUCAUGGCCCACCACUUCGACCGGCCUCACCAGCUGGGACCCCCAGGCGGGGGCCUGAUGGACGAAGACCAGCGUGCACAAAUCUUACGGGAAGACUUUGAGCGGGCACGCUUCUUUGGUAUGCAUCCCCACCUCCCGCCCAGUUCCCACCUCUCCAGCCCCUCUCAUGCUGCUACAGCUGCUCACCUGGAGCAGCUGCACCCUGGCCUUCUGUCCCACCACCUGCCUCCAGGGGCCGCCGCCGCCUCCCAACAUCACGCGUCCCUGUACUCUCGUCUGGGCCCACUCAACACACACCACGUGCCCAACGGCAUCCUGGCAAAAACGCCGGCGGGUCUGGUGGGGGCUCUGUCGAUGGGGGCACCCCCGCCUCUCAUUCCUUCCAUUACCAGCCGGGCAUCCACUCCGCCCCGUGGUUCCAGACUGAUGGGCCCGGGAGAGCUGACACUGUUCGGUGCCCACAAAGAUGGAGAGUCCAGAUAGUACAGGUUGAAGGAGAUGAAGGGAAAUGUCAGGAUCACUGUGCUGCUCGCUAACGCAGUUGCUCACACAAAGCAGUCCCGGCAAGCGGAGCCCGGCUGCUGGGAGAAAUGCAAGACUCAUUGAGGUGUUCCCAGUGCAAUUCAGACCACAUUAUGGAAAGCUGCAUGAGCAUUUAUCCUUCAUAUCCACCUUAAGGUCUUUGUCCUCGGCGCACUAUUAGGAUAUAAAAUGAAUCCUUAAAUGGCCAGCUAUAAAACCAUUUGAGCAUUUAUUCAAUAUUGUUUAAGAUCCAAAUACUAGUACGGUGUUUGUCCUCACGACUAGGACCACUUUGGCAUUUUAGUAUGGCAACUACAUCUUAAUAGUGAGGCAAUACUGUGCACUAGUUGACAGUCACGUGCUACAAGUACUAAUAGUGACAAAGUUCUUCUAUUAAACAUCUUGUGUUACUAGUAUGAAUAGCACACAGUUUUACCUCACUAGUAACACGUAGUUGUCCUACUAGUACAGCAAAGUUGUACUACAAGUGAGGAUAAAGAGCUACUAGUACAUAGACCUUAAAGUAGGGGUCUCAAACUCAAUUUACCUUGGGGCCGCUGGAGGCAGAGUCUGCCUACAUGGACACACGCGGAAUUUAAAUUAGAUUUUUUUUUUAAAUCCCGUCUUCUCAAAAUGUGUUUUUUAACACAAAAUAAGAUGGGUCAACGCUGGUGUGAACAACUUCUGUACAAAAACAAAAAAACAUGUCUCCCUGGCAACGCUGCUGUAAUUUUCAUUGAAAAAUGUUUUUCUGCUACCAUCCAGCCCGGUCGAUGUAAUAACCCCGAGACCCAUUUAGUCCACUGUGAUUGGUCGAUUCGUCAGCGCCGCACACUGUAAAAGUGGCAUUCAUAUAAAACCUGAUGGCAACACUAAAAUUAAACUUUCAUAUUAAGGUGGAGGCCACAAAAUAUUGACUCGUGGGGCACGAGUCUGAUUCCCCAGGCUUAAAAAAUGUCAACUAAAUCAUAGGUCUCAAACUCAACGCCCGUGGGCCAGAUGCAGCCCGUCACGUCGUUAAAUGUGGCCCAGGAAAGCAAAUCAUGUUUGUAAACGCCUGUGAUUUUUGCUAAAUUAUGUACCCAAAUUCCAGAUUGUCAUAAUGAUAAGCAAUAAUGUGAAGAUAAUGCAUUUUACUGCUGCCAAAGUGGUUUUACUGUUAACUUAUACAAUACUUGAACAAACUAUUAUCGUCGUCUUUUGAUUUCUCAAUUUGUUUGGUCGUGCAAUAGUAUGGUUUUGUGCUGAAGCAUUUAUAUGGAUUCACUUUUCUAACGAAAUCCUCUGAGGGGAAAUCCUAACUACGAUGCGGCCCGAGACAAAAAAAAUCAGUUUGACACCCCUGGACUAAAUGGUCAAAUGGCUUCCCACGAAGCCGUUUAAGUAUUUAUUCGCUAUCCUGCCGGUUUGGCGAAUUGUCUUACUCGUGAGAACAAAACACGUACUAGUUCAAUGCCCUUUCAGCUGGAUAUGAGGGGGUGUUAAAUAAAUGCUCAAACGGCUUUCCGCGCUACAUUUUACAUACACAUCUGACUGGUUUUAUUUUCUGCGGGCAGUUGGUUACUGCACACCUUUUGUUGGCUUUUUAAAAGAGCCCUUUUUUUUUUUCCCUACGUGGAUCGGCAGUGACUUCCAGAGCCGAGCGCGCCUGAAAAUGUGUCAAGAAUUCAGAUUCGCACGGGGGUCAAGCCCGGGAUCCAUAAGACGUGAUGCUGCGGAAGGAGGGCGUGUAGGCACGCGAGGGGAUUUAUCAUGGCACAUUUGUCUUUUGUGUGUCCGUUUUGUCAUUUGCGAAAAGACAAUACUGAUGACAAGACCGAUCCAUUAGUCAGUAAGCGUUGUACCUCAGUUUCUUGCUUUACCCAAAAAUCACCCCAAAACCCAAAGCCUCAGCGUCACGGAACACGAGAUUCACCCCCUUUUUUUCGGUUUGUUUAUGGGGCUUGUUUUGUUCCCCGAGGACGGAUUGGCGAAAUGAACUGCAACGCUGCGUCAAAUCGUACAGCGUUUUCGAGCUUCCUCUUGUUUCCCACUCUCCUCUGGACUAUACGAGCAGGACCAGAUUAUAGUAGUCUAGACAAAAUGCCUUUGUAAUUAUUAUUCUUAACAUUAUCUUCUAUAAUAAUAAAUAUAUUCACUGUUAUGUUAUUUGUCAUUGUUUCAGGUAUGCACCAGUACCCCAUUCCCCACCCCCCUUCCCCCCCAGGUAGUAAUACUACACAUCAUGCAAAAGUCUUUCUUCACACUAAAGGUUGAAAUGCUGGCGAAGAGCAGCCUUUGGACUCUUCAAGGAUUUCAUCUAUGCCUUUAUUACGCUCACAGGGAGAUUUGACUGUGUGCCCUCGCUUUGUGUGUUCUAUCCAUUCGGGACAAUGUAGAGCCUUGUACAGUGAGAAUUUGAAACAUUUUUUGUUGCUGUCAAAAAAAAAAAAAAAAUAA